AUGGAGGCACGAACUUGGAAAUAUAUUUCCAACAAACAUGGUUGGAAAGUGAAAACUCACGGAUUUGCUAUUCGAGGGAUGUCGGUUGAAGUAGCCAUCACUCUGCGAGCUUCUUCCGGUACUCCUCUUGCUUUGGAAAGAACAGAAGCCACGCUGUCAAAGAGGAAAGUGGUUGAAGAGGAUUCUGACGUCGAUGAAGACGAUGAUACCUCUUUGACAGCUCGUCCUAGAACUAGGAGGCGCAUUGUUUCUGAGGAUGAAACUGAGAUCUCUCCUGCUCGUAUCUCCGAUCUCGUCACCAUUACCUCUGAUGAAGAGACCAUUCCAAGGGACACCCCUGAAUCCACUCAUCGCCUCUUUAUUGAGGGCUUCGAAAGUGGUGGAUUAGGUCCAGUUUUAGAUGAAGUCCCUCUCUCAUCUUCCGUUUCUGUUCCUUCUGUUCCUCCUCCAACCUCAAGUGCCAACCUUAUCGGUACAGAGUUGAUGAACAGAAUUUCCUUACUAGAGAAGGUGGCACGUGACUCUGAAAAGGCUGUUCUUGAUUCAGAGAAGGAAGCUCGUGACUCUCAGUUGGAAGCAGCUAAUUGGAAGAGCCAAUUUGAUAGUGCCCAAAUAACAAUAGAGGAUUUACAAGAGAGUAAGAAUAACCUGGAACAACAGGUGAGGGCAUUAACUUCAGAGCUUGCGAUUGUAAAAGCUUCUUCGAGUCAAGCUGAGAAAGAAAGAGAGCGUCUCGAGUCUUCUUUUUCAGAACAGUUAUCUAAAUCAAGUGAAGAAAUCAGAGAGCUGAAGGUAUUGUUGAGCAAAAAAGAGGAGUACGCGGGAGAGCUAGUUCAAAACUUGUCUCAGGCUCAGGCUGACUUGCAAAUUUUCUCUGAUAAGGUUCGUGCCUUAGAGAAUUCUCGUGCUUCCCUUGAAGCUACCUUUGAUUCCACUUUGGCUGAAAAUCAAAUGUUGAAAAAUGAUCUUGCCUCGUGGGAAAAGGAUUAUGAGCUUCUUGAGGAGAAUUUUAACACAGAGGUGAGCUGGGCCUUUUUAAACUCCCGCCGUGAUGCCUUAACUGAAGCCAGUCAAGAAAACUUUGAUUUAGAAUCAGAAUUGGCUAAAGUUUUGAAAACCAUUGCAAUGACUCAACAACCCCUUGACUUUCCUUCACCAGUAGAUGAAACUCCCGUGGCUGAGGAACCUUUAAAUGAAGGAGCCGCUUCUGUUGAAGUUGAAAAUGUUACAAUUCCAGCUCCCGAGGGUGAAACUUCACUGAUACAGUCCGUGGAAGCUGAAGUACCCGUGACUCUUGCUUCCCUCGGUGACUUUAACACUUCAAGCCCAACUGCCGCUACUUCCUCAGAAAUUGCUAUCGUGCCUACAGCUGCUUCUGAAAGUGAGAUCGACAUUGCAACUUCAGAAGUUCCAACCCCUUCAGUGACAAGUUGA